AUGAGUGGUGUAAACCAAAUGACUUUGUUCCAGACUUGGGGCGCAUCGGUUCCUCAAAAGGUCAGUCAAGCAAAACAUUUGAAGACAUCUGCUGGACGGCGAAAAACAACCCCAAACAGCAGCAACACCGCACCCGCGGUCAAGACUUCGAAGCCGGGUAAUGGAACUUUGACGGACCCGGCGUCCCGUAACUCACUCUGGGGUGAAUUUGGUCAGGGGUCCAUAGCUAACGUGAGAGAUCUCGAGGCUACUGCUGAUGGUGACGAUGAUGAUGAUUUAAUGGUUGUUGCUGUUUAUGAGGCCGAGCGGUCUUUGCAAAUUGACGGAAACUUUGGAAAACACACAUCACUUAUUGAAAGCACCACCACUACUACUAGUAACAGCAUCACACAGACGUCCUCAAGUGGAACAACAAACUACAACGACUUCCCUGGCCUUGACAGCUCCUCUGCAAAAAUAUGGAUCUACCCCACCAACUAUCCCAUACGAAACUACCAGCUCAAGAUAUCGGAGGCGGCUUUAUUCCAGAACACUUUGGUGUGCCUUCCCACUGGUCUGGGAAAGACUUUCAUUGCUGCUGUGGUAAUGUACAACUUUUAUCGAUGGUAUCCAUCCGGAAAGAUAGUUUUCAUGGCACCAACAAAACCUCUGGUGGCGCAGCAAAUAGAAGCGUGCUACAACGUAAUGGGGAUUCCACAAGGACACAUGGCGGAGUUAACAGGGAGCACGCAGGCAGCGCAGAGGCAGGUACUCUGGAGGUCCAGGCGCAUCUUCUUCCUUACCCCUCAGGUGCUGGUGAACGACCUGUCUCGGGACGCCUGUCCUGCGUUGCAGGUUAAAUGUGUGGUGAUCGACGAGGCUCACAAGGCCCUAGGAAAUCACGCCUAUUGUCAGGUGGUUAGACAGUUGGGGAGCCAGACUCAACAGUUCCGCAUCCUGGCCCUGAGCGCCACCCCUGGUGGAGACACAAAGUCAGUCCAGCAGGUCAUAUCCAACCUGCUGAUCUCCCACAUUGAGCUGCGGUCUGAAGAGAGCCCUGACAUCCAGGCCCACUCCCACCAGCGCAGUCUGGAGAAGGUGGUGGUUCCUCUGGGGGAGUCGCUGGCCAGGCACCAAGCUCUCUACCUACAGGUACUGGAGCGGUUCACGGGGCGUCUGAUCCAGAACCGGGCCAUGUCUCACCGUGACCUGCGUUCCCUUACCAAGUACCAGCUCAUUCUGGCCAGGGAACAGUUCCGCAAGAACCCACCGGGCCACCUCACGGCUGCCCAGCUCGGGGCUCUGGAAGGGGACUUCGCCCUGUGUAUCAGCCUGUAUCAUGGCUACGAGCUGCUCCUGCAGAUGGGUCUGCGAUCCCUCUUCCAGUUUGUCCGGGGCAUCAUGAACGGCGACAAAGAAAUGUCUCGGGCCAGGAGCGAGCUGCAACGCAAUGCCACCUUCAUGAAUCUGUACCUGGAGAUGGAGACCACGUUUGAAAAACCCAAAGGCCCCUCUGAGCCCUUCGUCUACAGCCACCCUAAGCUGCAGAAGCUGGAGGAGGUGGUGGUGGGGCACUUCAGAACGUGGUCGGAGAACGCCGGCUCAGGUCCUCGGCCCCAGGAAGUAAGCACGCGUGUUAUGAUAUUUUCGUCGUUCCGCGAGAGCGUGCAGGAGAUCGCCGCCAUGUUGAACCGCCACCUGCCGCUGAUAAAGGUCAUGAGCUUCAUGGGUCAGGCCUCGGCAGGGAAAGGUGUCAAAGGGUUUACCCAGAAGGAGCAGCUGGAGGUGGUGCGGAGUUUCCGGGAGGGCGGCUUCAACACGCUGGUGUCCACGUGCGUGGGCGAGGAGGGGCUCGACAUCGGCGAGGUGGACCUCAUCGUGUGCUUCGACGCCCAGAAGAGCCCGAUUCGCCUGGUCCAGCGCAUGGGGCGCACCGGACGGAAACGCAGGGGCCGUAUUGUGGUCAUCCUGGCUGAGGGCCGAGAGGAGCGGACAUACAACCAGAGCCAGAGCAACAAGCGCAGCGUGUACCGGUCCAUUGUGGGGAACAGCCACAGCUUCAAAAUGUACCCCCUCAGCCCCCGCAUGCUGCCCGACGAGGUCCGCCCCGCCCUGCACAGGAUGCACAUAACCUGCGGCCGGUAUGCCCCCCAGGAGAGCGGCGGGGAGCGCUGCGUGGCGGGGCGCAGGUCCCACUCGUCGGAGAGGCGAGGGAGGGUCGACGAGAGCGAGAAGGACGACGGCUUCCUCAGCCCGUCUGAGCAUGCUCACUGGGAGGCCACCAUGAAGCUGACGGAGGACGAGCCCCGGCCCACUCUGAGACGCUCUCGCUUCCUCUCACUGCAGGAAGCCUCGCCCCCGCCGGAGGGGCCGCUCUCCACGGGGCCCACCCGGGAGCUGUCUCUCUGGGAGUGGAGACACUGGCAGAACCAGCCCUUCCCCAUUCACAGGGUGGACCACUCCAGUCGCUGCCACCACUUCACCCAGGUCAUGGGGCUCAUCGACGGGAUGUGCCAGGAGGAGGGUGAAAGCAAAUAUGAAUUGGAGUUGCUGCCUCACCUCAACCAAGCAGAUGUCGUGGACACGGUGGAAGCACAGCAGGAAAAACCCGCCAAAGGAAAGAAACGCAGGGUUGGCAAAACCAGAACAGCAAGUCUGAGUGACAAACCGAAGACUUCUUGCCAUUCCUCUGCUUACAUCGACCGUGUUGAAUUUCACGAGGACGUGCAGAGGGAGAGCGUCUCGCAAAAAGACACAACCCUGGCUUCCCCAUGGACCCUGAUGAAUAAUAUUGUUCCUUCAGAAUGUCACACGGUGGUGACUUGUGAUCUCCGAGAGAACCAGCGCCCCGAGGGGCUCUGGCCUCUUCUGUCCUCCGGCGAAAAGCCAAUCGUGGACAUGGACUUGGACAUGCCACCCCACGAUGAGAGUGGCAGGUCAGAGGUACAGUCCCCCACAGAGGAGGAGCAGUGUCCAGUCAGCAAACCAGCACGCUGCAGAGAUGCCGCAGAACAGACCCACCUUAACCCGUUGAGCUCAACUGCUGAACUUGGCCCCGGGUCAGAGGAAGACUCCGAACUGGAGUCUUUGUUUUAUUUGCCUAAGUGGGACGCUGCUGCCCGAACGUUGCAGCCCUUGAGACGGAGUGCCGAGGGCAUAAGGGCCAUUCUCGCCAACGUGACAGAGCUUUUGUCCAGGUCUCCACCGUCGUUGCACUUCGACCUGGACCGUUCUGUGUACGACUUUGGGCCUGGGGCCGCCACCUCGACAACCAUAAAAGAACGUUCGCUCACACUUUCCCCCGGAUCACCGCGGGAACCACUGGAAAAACCUUUGGACGAGCCCCAGACAUUCAAGGUGAAUUUCUCCCUGGAAGUAGAAGAAGAUUCAGCAGACCCCUCCUCUCAAACUGCCAAUGUUGAUUUGAAGCUUGUGUUUCCAGAUGGUAGAACCCACCCUGUACCUCAGGAACCUACACCUAGACAGUGUUCUCCCGUGUCACUCUUAGCUCUGCAAGCCCCGGCAGAUUGCAGCGCCGGUAGUGGUGGCGCUGUUCGAAGCCCUAGUUGGGAUGAGGUUUUUGAGGACGAUGUAAGUGAUGGCGAUAAAAUGAGGGCUGAUGAUGAUGUGGAUAAUGCGGAUGACUUUGAGUGGCCAUGUCCAGCUGCACACCCCCAGGCUAGCCUGGAUGAGAGCUUGGACCUGUUUGAAGAUGAUGAGGCCUUCCUCCAGGUGACCAUCCCGGAUGGCCGUACACCGGAGAACAUCGGGAUCCGAUCACCUAGUCCCAGAAAAACAACUGGGUCAAAUGAAAGUGUUACGGAAACAAACAUGUUGGAUCCAAACCAUCUUUCCCCGGUAGUGCAGCGGGAGUCUUCUCCAGAGUUGAAGGAGAGCUUUGACUGCUCUCAGGAUUUCUUCUCGAUCAACUUUGACCUGGGCUGGGAGGAGGAUGAGGAGGCUGGCCCCGCGGCUGGCCCCGGCGGACCUUCACCACCGUCAUCCAAAAAACAGGAAACACCUCAUUCCUCCCAAGCGACGGCUUUCAACGACAUUAGCUCGUCCACGCCCUCCUUUAGUUUCCGGAAGAUCGUGUCCACGCCGGCCGGUCCGAGAGUUAGGAGGGCGGACACUUCGGCUCUGACUUCACCGCUGACCUCCAAGAACGGAGCUCUGUUCUCACCGAUACCGACAUCAGGACUUAGGCGUACUCUCUUGCCCGGACCUCCUGCCACCUCAUCCCCUUUCUCUGCUGUCUUGAAGGGGAAACGCCAGGAGGCCUUACAGGAGGCCCAGACGCCCAGGGAUGAGUUCAGGGACCCAGGCUUAUGCACCAGUGACACUGAGGAGGAGGUUGUCAACCGUCAACAGAGUCAUCCUACGUCCAAAGCCAAGCCCUCGUCUCCAGAGUCAGUCUUCCUUAGUGAUGGAGAUUCUCCUGUACAAGUUACCAGGAAGCCCAAGCUUGCAGUGGCACUCAUUUCUGAUGAGAGUGAGGGGGAGGCAAUGUCCGACAAUGACUUUCAGAAUUCCUCCGUUCACCGGCCCAGAAGGGCCCGACCUGUGGCUGCGACCCCUCCGCCCUCCAGGAAGAGAGCUCGGCAUGCCUUGCGGCGCCACAAUAGUGGAGCCCGUCACUUUCUUGACGAGGAGGCAGAGCUGUCUGACGAGGAGGGGGAGGCUUCGUCUGAUGAAGAAGAUGGCGAAGAGCAGAACCGCUCCUUGGAGGGCUUUGUUGUGAACAACACACUGUGUUCUCAGGGACUUAACGAUUCUGAGAUGCGGGGGGUAUACCUGAAGUCUGUAAGAAGCCCAGCUGUGACCCGCAAUUUCAAAAUGGUCUACAAACAAAACCAUAACAUGGACAUCUUCUCCCAGGUACCUGAGCAGGAUGAGACAUACGGAGAGGACAGCUUUGUGGUGUAUGGCAGUGAGGAAGAGCUCAGCGCGGAGGAGGAGGAGGAGGUCACUAUGGAGCCUCUCCGUGAGGACUCCUUUGUGGAUGGGAGGAGGCAGUACCAGACCCGACGCAGAGCCCUGCUCCGUGACAUCAGGGCACAGACGGGAACACGGACCGGAAGAAACGCUGUGGACAAGAGGCACGCAGCUGACUCGAACCCAAAGCCUGUUGGGAAAACAAAACGCUUGCGCAUAGUGCGCUUGGCGGGCUCCAGCUCGGAAGAGGAAGGUGCAGAGGAAAGCGGAGAGCGUCCUAAAACAGAGGUUGUUGCUGCCCUCUGCAGACCGGCUGAGGUACAGCAACAGAACGACCGGGUGUUCAGAGCUCCACAGCAGCAGGCACACCAGAAUGUCCUCCGUAAUGGGGCCCCCAGAAUGUCCUCCGUAAUGGGGCCUGGAGCGCCCAGUGGAGCCUGCAGGGCCUCCUCGGCGAGCUCCGUAAUGGGGCCUGGAGCACCCAGUGGAGCCUGCAGGGCCUCCUCGGCGAGCUCCGUAAUGGGGCCUGGAGCGCCCAGUGGAGCCUGCAGAGCCUCCUCGGCGAGCUGUGUUAAAGGGUCUAGAGAGGAGCAGCGUGAAGAACGGUGCCGCCAAAGGCUACAUCAGCAGGCCCUCCUGUCUGAGGAGCUGGACUUUGAACCGUCAGAGUCUCUCUUGUCUCCACGUGAGCAUCCUCAGGCCACCUCCUCCUCCUUGGUACCCCAGGCCCAGAGCUCCGUUGUUCAGGUCGCUGCUGCAUGCAAGCCCCCCGCCUCAUCCCCGGGCCUUGUCUCUGUCCUGGUGGACAGCCGCUGCAUCACGGCCUGCGUGGAUGUGGUGUCCAGCCUCCGUCAGCGUCACGCCGUCACAGCCCAUGUCUGCUCCCUGGACGGCUGCGACUUCGUGGUGAGCAACCGUAUGGCGGUGGAGCGGCAGAACCAGUCGGAGCUGGCAGGGUCGCAGAACCGCAAGCGGCUGGUGGAGCGGGUGACAAAUCUGCAGGGCCUCUUUGAGCGCAUCUGUCUCAUCAUAGAGAAGGACCGCACCAAACCAGGCGAGGUCUCCCGGCCAUCCCAGCGCACCCGCUACUACGACAGCACACUGGCUAGCUUGGUGCGGGCAGGCGUGCGGCUCCUGGUGAGCGGGGGGCCCGAGGAGAGCGCCGCCCUGCUGGCAGAACUGGCCCGCUUGGAGCAGCGGAAGGGCCAGGCCAUCAGUGUUCCCCUGGAGGUUAAAGGUCACAGGCAGCAGGCACUGGCGUUUUACCGAACGCUGCCCUGUGUCAGCUAUGUGAGUGCCCUCAACAUGGCCCAAAGCUUCAGAUCAGUGAGCCACCUGGUCAACAGCUCCGUCGAGGCUCUUCAGAAGGGGGCGUGUGUGAGCCACCCCAGAGCCGAGGAGAUCUACCGCAGCCUACGUUACUCCUGUGACACCACCCUGAUGAACACCAGCACAGCAAGGAAAAACGACAUUUAACCAUCCAUCUCUUCCCCGGUUCCCCAUUCAGCCUGAUCUUCGGUCGGUUGUUAAUCUUUUCCCCUCAAAUAAUGUUUUCAAGCUAAUCCCAGAUCUGUGCCUCAAGGACACGUCUCACUCUUGCACUCAAACAGGACCUCUAAUGGGAUCAUAGACUUACAGUGUUCAUUAGGCACCGCUUGUAACGAAACAGACUGAAAUGCGGAUGAACUACCUGAGCUUGUCCAAUGAGUAACAUUCCCAUUAAAAAAUGUUAGCCCACAGUGUGCCUCACUGAACAAGGCCUAAGCUGCUCCAUUAGACUUUGUCUAUUGACAGACACUAAAGUAGAUGUAGGUUGUGAUCAAUGCAGUGUGCAGUAGUAUUUGCUCACUCGUGUGAAACGUGUGCAUUCCUUUGUUGAACAAAUUAAAUUCUAACGAUUUCUGUUAAAAUAACGGAGCAAUGUUUUUGUGUUCAUACUUUGUAAAUAGAUCAAUUAUAUAGUUUCAAUUGCUGGAAUAAAAAGGCACUAUUUUUCUACAGCUGUGUUGUUUUGUGCAAAAGAAAACCUUCCCAGUGACAUUUGUUCAUUUAAAGGCAUCUGAGCACGAUAAGACACACAACACAGACAGAUAUUUUCUAUUUGAGAUGAGGUUCAUGCACAUUGACCCCCUUGGUGUCCAUUCAGGGAGUCAGGCUCGGAAGACCAGCCUGAGCAAAUCACC